CGCGUUGAAAUUUCCAUAGCCCGCUCGACAAUUUUCUCUCUUUCAGAUCAACCUUCUCGUUGAUUCUCUCACCAGCUAAUAAUCCACCAUCGAUCGGCCCAGGUCCAGUUCACGGACCCCCCCAACCCACACACGAAACCCUAUUCUUCUCUUACUGUAAAACGCUGUUAAUUCUUAUUCUAAUCUUUCGUGUUUUUUAAAUCAUUUAUCCGAGCCUGGUCUGCGCCCAUUCUUUAAUGUGGGGUUGUGCGUUCUUGUGAAGGGUGUGUCUCAGAAAGUGGCCUGAAGGAGAAGAAUAAGAAGAAGAUAUAGAACAUUGCAUUGCAGGCAGAGAAAAAAAGCCUGCAUUUUUUGUGGGUUUUGAGGGAUGAGAGAGGCCGAGAGAUCAGUUCUGUGAGUUGGGUUUCUCUUGAUUUGAAGGAUUUGGGGGGUUGUUGGUGUGUGCGGUUUGGAUUUGAAGAGUUUCGAUGGAUACCAAAGGGCGGCUUAUUGCCGGUUCGCAUAACAGGAACGAGUUUGUUCUAAUCAAUGCUGAUGAGAUUGGACGAUUGAACUCUGUGAAAGAGCUGAGCGGCCAGAUAUGCCAGAUUUGUGGGGAUGAAAUCGAGAUUUCUGUGGGUGGCGAGCCAUUUGUUGCUUGCAAUGAAUGUGCAUUCCCAGUUUGCAGAACUUGCUAUGAAUAUGAAAGAAGAGAGGGCAAUCAGGCCUGUCCUCAGUGCAAAACCAGAUACAAGCGCAUCAAAGGCAGUCCCAGGGUCGAAGGUGAUGAGGAUGAGGAUGAUACUGAUGAUUUGGAGAAUGAGUUUGAUUAUGCAGGCAUUGACAAGAGUGACCCUCGGCAUAUUGCUGAGGCAGUGCUCUCUACUCGCCUUAACAUUGGCCGCGGUUCACAUGUUAAUGCUCCUGGCAUAAGUGUUCCUUCAGAGUUGGAUUCCUCUUCCAUUAAUCCAGAUAUCCCUCUUCUGACCUAUGGACAAGAGGAUGUUGGGAUUUCUUCUGAUAAGCAUGCUCUUAUCAUCCCCCCAUUUUUGGGUCGUGGAAAACGGGUCCAUCCUAUGCCAUUUCCUGAUUCUACCAUGUCUCUGCAACCUAGACCUAUGGAUCCCAAGAAAGAUUUAGCAGUAUAUGGCUAUGGGAGUGUCACAUGGAAGGACCGCGUGGAGGAAUGGAAAAAAAGGCAGAAUGAUAAACUUCAGGUGGUUAAGCACCAAGGAGGAGAUGGUGGUGGUUAUGAUGGAGAUGAACUGGAUGAUCCUGAUUUACCCAAGAUGGAUGAAGGCAGGCAGCCACUUUCAAGGAAGUUACCAAUUCCUUCAAGCAAGAUAAACCCGUACAGAUUGAUAAUUAUACUCCGGCUUGUAAUUUUAGGCUUCUUUUUCCACUAUAGAAUCCUCCAUCCAGUCCAUGAUGCCUAUGCGUUGUGGUUAACAUCAGUCAUUUGUGAAAUAUGGUUCGCUGUGUCAUGGAUAUUGGAUCAAUUUCCGAAAUGGUACCCAAUUGAGCGAGAAACAUACCUGGAUAGAUUAUCAUUAAGGUACGAGAAAGAAGGGAAGCCAUCUGAGUUAGCUCAUGUAGACAUAUUUGUGAGUACAGUUGAUCCUAUGAAAGAGCCGCCUCUUAUCACUGCAAACACAGUUCUAUCCAUCCUUGCUGUGGAUUAUCCAGUUGAGAAAGUUGCAUGCUAUGUCUCAGAUGAUGGUGCAGCCAUGCUCACUUUUGAAGCCCUUUCUGAAACAUCUGAGUUUGCAAGGAAAUGGGUGCCCUUCUGUAAAAAGUACAAUAUCGAACCUAGGGCACCAGAGUGGUAUUUUGCACAGAAGGUUGACUAUCUGAAGGACAAAGUACAUCCUGAAUUUGUUAGGGAACGCCGUGCAAUGAAGAGGGAAUACGAAGAAUUUAAAGUUCGGAUAAAUGGGUUGGUUUCCACAGCACAGAAAGUUCCUGAGGAGGGUUGGACAAUGCAGGAUGGGACUCCAUGGCCAGGGAACAAUGUCAGAGACCACCCAGGAAUGAUUCAGGUGUUCCUUGGUCAUAAUGGUGUCCGUGAUGUAGAAGGAAAUGAGUUACCUCGUUUGGUCUAUGUUUCUCGUGAGAAGAGACCAGGAUUUGAACACCACAAAAAAGCUGGUGCCAUGAAUGCUCUGGUGCGAGUCUCAGCGAUCAUCUCAAAUGCUCCUUACCUUCUGAAUGUCGAUUGUGAUCACUAUAUAAACAACAGUAAGGCACUACGCGAGGCUAUGUGCUUCAUGAUGGACCCCACAUCAGGGAAGAAAAUCUGCUAUGUGCAGUUUCCUCAAAGGUUUGACGGGAUUGAUCGUCAUGAUAGAUAUUCUAAUCGCAAUGUUGUGUUCUUUGAUGUCAAUAUGAAAGGACUUGAUGGGAUCCAAGGACCAAUUUAUGUUGGAACAGGUUGUGUCUUCCGGAGGCAGGCUCUUUAUGGCUAUGAUGCACCUAUGAAAAAGAAACCUCCGAGAAAAACAUGCAACUGUUGGCCAAAAUGGUGCUGCUGUUGCUGUGGAUCCAGGAAGAAGAGCAGGAAAACUAAGACAAAUGAAAAGAAGAAAAAGAUGAAAAACAAAGAGGCCUCAAAACAAAUUCAUGCACUUGAAGAUAUUGAGGAGGGAAUUGAAGGAAUAGAUAAUGAAAAAUCAUCUCUUAUGCCGCAAGUAAAAUUUGAAAAGAAAUUUGGACAGUCUCCAGUUUUCAUAGCUUCGACACUUCUAGAAGAAGGCGGAGUUCCCAAAGACGCAACUUCUGCAUUACUUCUGAAAGAGGCCAUACAUGUCAUUAGUUGUGGAUAUGAAGAUAAAACAGAAUGGGGUAAAGAGGUUGGGUGGAUAUAUGGCUCUGUCACAGAGGAUAUCCUCACAGGUUUCAAGAUGCACUGUCAUGGCUGGCGAUCUGUGUACUGCAUACCCAAAAGACCUGCAUUUAAGGGGUCUGCUCCUAUAAAUCUUUCUGAUCGUCUGCACCAGGUGCUGCGAUGGGCAUUGGGGUCGGUUGAGAUUUUCUUUAGCCGGCACUGUCCCAUAUGGUAUGGGUAUGGAUGCGGUUUAAAGUGGCUGGAGCGAUUUUCAUACAUUAAUUCGGUUGUUUAUCCCUUGACAUCCAUUCCAUUGAUUGCAUACUGUACCUUGCCGGCUUUCUGCCUCCUUACUGGGAAGUUCAUUGUCCCUGAGAUUAGCAACUACGCAAGUAUCGUGUUCAUGGCCCUCUUCAUAUCUAUAGCUGCAACAGGUAUUCUAGAGAUGCAGUGGGGAGGUGUUGGUAUAGAUGACUGGUGGAGAAAUGAACAGUUCUGGGUGAUUGGAGGUGUUUCAUCACACCUAUUUGCCCUCUUCCAGGGCCUGCUUAAGGUGUUGGCUGGGGUCAGCACAAACUUCACGGUUACAUCCAAAGGAGGAGAUGAUGGAGAGUUCUCUGAGCUCUACCUCUUUAAAUGGACUUCUUUGUUAAUUCCACCCUUGACAUUGUUGAUCAUAAACAUAAUUGGCGUGAUAGCCGGGGUUUCAGAUGCGAUUAAUAAUGGUUACGAGUCGUGGGGCCCACUGUUUGGUAAGCUCUUCUUUUCCAUCUGGGUUAUUGUCCAUCUUUACCCCUUCCUCAAGGGAGUAAUGGGGAGACAGGAGAAGCUUCCGACUAUUAUUGUGGUCUGGUCAAUUCUUUUGGCCUCAGUCCUCUCAUUGUUAUGGGUUCGAAUUAACCCAUUUGUGUCGAAAGGUGGCAUAGUACUAGAAGUUUGUGGUUUGGAUUGUAACUAAGGCACAAUUGAAGGUUGGUUUGAAUUUGUGGAGAUAGGCUCUUUGGUAAAUGCAGAGGGCUGCAUCGCCAGGUCAAAAAUGUGAGGACGAAUCAUUGGUGGCAAAAACAUGUUGCGGAGGAAAUCAUUAAGGCUGUUUGUAGAUAUAUGGACUGGCAGCUGACACAUUAGUAUUUGUUUUGCAAAGUUUUUUUCAUUGAUUCUUUUGAUACACGUGGGUUUUUGUGGGAUGAAGGGAUUGAAUUUAGAUCCAUCUGUAAUCCCAGUAGAACAUAGUCAGUUUUAUUUAUAAUUUAUAUUCCCUUCUCAAUAAGGGACUUCGUAUGAUGACUACUCAAAAACCCCUUUAAAUUUGCUGAUGUUGAAAAACUCUACGAUUGCCCUAUAUAUUUGUACAAUAUAGAGAUGGUUGCAUUCUUACAAUAAAUAUCAAUGUUUACCAA